AUGAGGUCCAGUGAGCGACAAACCCUCGAUGAUGAGGCCCAGCUGCAGGCGCUUGGUCACAAGGGCGAGUUGCAACGCAACUUCAGUCUCUUGUCCAUGCUGGGUCUGGCCUUUGCCAUCUUGAACUCAUGGACUGCCCUCUCUUCGUCGCUCGGGCUUGCCUUGCCAUCAGGCGGCUCAACAAGUGUUAUCUGGGGCCUUCUCACAGCCGGGAUUUGUAACUUAGCGUUGGCUUCGUCACUCGCCGAGUUUCUGUCCGCAUAUCCUACAGCCGGUGGACAAUAUCACUGGGUUGCCGUUAUUACUCCAAAGAAAUGGGUACCACUCGCAUCCUUCAUCACUGGCUGGAUCAACGUAUCGGGCUGGAUUGCCUUAACCACUUCAGGAGGGCUUCUCGCUUCGCAACUCAUCUCCGGUCUUAUCGCCCUUUGGCAUCCAGAUUUUAGUCUGCACCCAUGGCAAGUCUGGCUAAUCUACGUAGCCUGGACCCUCAUUGCCUUUGUCAUCAACGCCUUCAUGAACAGCUUGCUGCCUUAUGUCAACCGAACCGCAUUUAUCUGGUCUAUCGGUGGCUUUGCAAUCAUUUGCAUUACGGUCCUUGCCUGCGCCUCUCCUGACUUCGCCUCCGCUGAAUUUGUCUUCACUCAAUUCAUCAAUGAGACGGGCUGGCCAGAUGGAAUUGCUUGGCUUCUUGGGUUGCUCCAGGGUGGAUUCGGCUUGACCGGCUACGAUGCCGUCGCCCAUAUGAUUGAAGAGAUUCCAAACGCGUCAGUCGAAGGCCCAAAGAUUAUGAUCUACUGCGUCUGCAUCGGCACUUUUACGGGCUUCAUCUUUCUUACGGUUUUGCUCUUCGUUUCUGGAGGCGAUGCGGCAUCCAUCAUAUCAGCAGCACCUGGUCCACUCCUGCAAAUCCUUUUCAACGCCACGAAAAGCCGAGCGGGUGCUACAUGUCUCUUGAUGUUCCCGUUGGUCUGCAUUCUCUUCGCAGAAACCGCCAUCAUGACGACUUCGAGUCGCAUGACUUAUGCGUUUGCUCGUGACGGAGGGCUUCCGUUUUCGAAGUUUUUCGCAAAAGUGCAUCCGCGGCUUGGUCAACCACUCAAUGCACUGAUUCUAGCCGCUACCCUGACCAUUCUCUUUGGAUUGAUCUUGAUCGGUUCCAGCAGUGCUUUCAACGCCCUCAUUUCUGCAUCUGUCGUCGCUUUGGGCGUGAGCUACGCCAUACCCGUUGCUAUCAAUCUUAUUCGCGGUAGAAAAAUGCUGGGUUCCAGGCCUUUUACCUUGCCAGAACCUCUUGGCUGGGUGGCAAAUAUCAUUGGUGUUGCGUACACUAUUGUUACCACGGUGUUGUUCUUGUUUCCGCCGGCAUUACCCGUCACAGCUUCUAACAUGAAUUACUGUGUCGUCGCAUUCGGCAUCAUCCUUUUUAUCAGUACAUUCCAAUGGUUUGUAGAUGGACGCAAGAACUUUACGGGUCCGAGAACAGAUAUGGGACUGGAGGUUCUUGAAGCUAUGAGGAGUCAGGAGCAGGCUGAUGUGGAGCCUGGGCCAUUGAAAGCUGAUGAUGAGGUGGAUCCGCAUACGAUCAAGCCAUAG